AUGGCGGAGAAGAGGGCCAGGCUGGAUCCGGGAUCUGACAUGAAGAUAAAUUGGAGAAACGAGUCAGAGAAACGAAAAGAACAAAAGAAAAAAUGGAGAGAAGAGAACUUGCUGAAAAAGCUAGAAAAAGCUCAACUACAGAAGGCAGAAGCAGAGAAACGGGCACAAGAAAAGGAGAAGAAAAAGGCAGACAAUGGUUGCCAGUACACACUUAGCGUGGCUUUACCGGGAUCCAUUUUGGACAAUGCCCAGUCUCCAGAGCUGCGGACUUACCUGGCUGGACAGAUAGCACGAGCCUGUGCCAUUUUCUGUGUGGAUGAGAUUGUGAUAUUUGAUGAGACUGGAGAAGGGUCAAAGAGCAUGGAGGGGAACUUUGAGGGUGUGGGGAAGAAAGGACAGGCCUGCGUGCAACUAGCAAGAAUACUCCAGUAUCUAGAAUGUCCUCAGUAUCUAAGAAAAUCUUUCUUUCCCAAACAUCCGGACUUGCAGUUUGCAGGUCUCCUGAACCCCCUGGACAGCCCUCACCAUGUGAGAAUAGAUGAAGAGUCGGAGUACAGAGAGGGAGUUGUUUUAGACCGACCGACUAAACCAGGCAAAGGCUCAUUUGCUAACUGUGGCAUGAGAAAGGAGGUGCAGAUAGACAAGCAACUGCAAGCAGGACUCCGAGUUACAGUGCAGUUACAUGAAGAUAAACCAGAACAGAAAGUAAGGAAAGGGAUUGUGGUGUCCCCACAACAUCCUAGAACAGAGAGCGGCGUCUACUGGGGCUACAGAGUGAGACUGGCAUCCUGCCUCAGUGCUGUCUUCACGGAAUGUACCUUUAAGGAUGGCUAUGAUCUCACCAUUGGAACUUCAGAGAAAGGAAGCAGUAUGGAAGCCUUGACUCUGCCAGCAUUCAGACAUGCAUUGGUUGUCUUCGGAGGACUCCAAGGACUAGAAGCCAGCGUAGACAGUGACCAGAACCUGGACAUCGAAGAACCUAAUGUCCUGUUUAACUAUUACAUGAACACAUGCCCCGGGCAAGGCAGCCGCACCAUCAGAACAGAGGAAGCCAUCUUGAUUUCACUAACAGCGCUGAAGCCCAGAAUAGAAGCUGCAUCUUGUCAAGCCAAAGAAAGCUGAACUGUGCAUUCUGGGAACUCUUAAGUCGUCUGCAUGUCGUGUAAUGAAACCAGAGAAGAAU